ACAUAUUUCUGUAAACCACCUUGCGUAUGAAGUAUGGCGGCCCCAGCCACACAACUAGUACUCGGCCAAAGUUUAUUACUCAGAAUUUCACGUGAGAGCAAUGAAUAAGUCCGCGGACCGAGGGGUCGCUAACGAAGAGUUCGGCGAGUGUAAAGAGAGGAGAGGUUUUGCAGGAAGGGACGGCGGUCCGUCGCCGGCGGAGUUUCCUCGAUUUCUCGUCGCCUCCUUGAUUGAAGUGCCUUCAGUCCGGGUACCACAGGGGAAGAAGCUCCACAAGACGAGUAGAGUGGACACGGAAGUUUGAAACAAACUAAUUAAUGUGGCUCUGGAAAGCCUGCCUGCAAAAGUAUCUAACAUCUUUGACCGGAAAUGUUUCUGUGAGGCAUUGAAGUGCACUUGUUGUCCGACUUUUAUGACCAGCGUGUUCCCAGCAAGAGCCAACUGUUGACUGCUCGAUGUGUUCUGGCGCUGCUGCUUAGCACCAGCUAACGUUAGUUAGCCUCCAUGGCUAACUUCAACACUAGCUUGAGGUCGCCAGCUAGCCAACAAUAUAAACGUUUCCUUGGACAUAUACCUUCACACUAUCUUCAUUUGACCUAUGAAGCACUCAGGCUCCAUUGAUGCAUGAUAAACAGAGACAUACUGGAGUAAUAAGGAUCUGCAUAGGUGACCUGCGUCACUCAUACUUCACAAGAAGACAGGCUGAGUUGGGGAAAGGGGCUCCCCUCCCUGCCUGGGGGGCCAGCUAUUGGACAGUGAACUUAAUCCAGCUUGGAGAGUCCCGGCUGCGGCCUGGCACUCUGCCCUUAUGGGGCAGCAGCCGGGGAAGUUUGUAGGGGACCAGAGGAGACCCAGUCUGCCGGCUUUCAUCAAGGGUGGGAAGAGAGAAUCUUCACGCCAUGGGACCCAGCCCUGCAAUGUGUUUACUGUGCACGAAGCUCUCCAAAGACCAGACUUUGAGGGUCAGGGUCUGACAGAAGCAGCCCGUUGGAAUUCCAAAGAGAACCUGUUGGCUGGACCCAGCGAGAAUGACCCCAACCUGUUUGUGGCACUCUACGAUUUUGUGGCCAGUGGUGACAACACGCUCAGCAUUACCAAAGGAGAGAAGCUGCGCGUGCUGGGUUACAACCACAAUGGUGAGUGGUGCGAGGCGCAGACCAAGAACGGCCAGGGUUGGGUGCCAUCCAACUACAUCACACCGGUCAACAGCCUCGAGAAGCACAGCUGGUACCACGGACCAGUGUCGCGCAACGCUGCAGAGUACCUGCUCAGCUCGGGCAUCAAUGGAAGCUUCCUGGUCCGCGAGAGUGAGAGUAGCCCGGGGCAGAGGUCGAUAUCCCUGCGGUAUGAGGGCAGAGUCUACCAUUACAGGAUUAACACUGCAUCUGAUGGCAAGCUUUACGUCUCAUCAGAAAGCCGCUUCAACACACUGGCGGAGCUGGUGCACCACCACUCCACGGUGGCCGACGGCCUCAUCACCACACUGCACUACCCAGCGCCAAAGCGCAAUAAGCCCACAAUCUAUGGAGUUUCCCCCAACUACGAUAAGUGGGAGAUGGAGCGCACUGACAUCACCAUGAAGCACAAACUGGGAGGGGGCCAGUACGGGGAGGUGUACGAGGGUGUGUGGAAGAAGUACAACCUCACUGUGGCAGUCAAGACGCUAAAGGAGGAUACUAUGGAGGUGGAGGAGUUUCUCAAGGAGGCGGCUGUUAUGAAAGAGAUCAAACACCCCAACCUGGUGCAAUUGUUAGGUGUGUGCACACGGGAGCCACCGUUCUACAUCAUCACAGAGUUCAUGACCCAUGGUAACUUACUCGACUACCUGCGAGAGUGCAACAGAGAAGAGGUCAACGCGGUGGUGCUGCUUCACAUGGCCACACAGAUUUCUUCUGCCAUGGAAUACCUGGAGAAAAAAAACUUUAUACACAGGGAUUUAGCGGCCCGUAACUGUCUGGUUGGGGAGAACCACUUGGUGAAGGUUGCAGACUUUGGUUUGAGCAGGUUAAUGACAGGAGACACCUACACAGCUCAUGCUGGAGCCAAGUUCCCCAUCAAGUGGACUGCUCCAGAGAGUCUGGCCUACAACAAGUUCUCUAUUAAGUCGGAUGUCUGGGCAUUUGGUGUUUUACUUUGGGAGAUUGCAACCUAUGGCAUGUCUCCUUAUCCGGGCAUCGACUUGUCCCAGGUCUAUGAGCUUCUGGAGAAAGACUACCGCAUGGACAGACCAGAGGGCUGCCCUGAGAAGGUCUAUGAGCUCAUGAGGGCCUGUUGGAGGUGGAACCCUUCAGAACGUCCCUCUUUUGCUGAAACACACCAAGCAUUUGAGACGAUGUUCCAGGAGUCCAGCAUCUCUGAUGAGGUGGAAAAGGAGCUGGGCAAGAAAGGAAAGAAGGCAACAUUGGGCCCCAUUCAGCAAGCUCCAGAGCUGCCCACCAAGACCAGAAUUCUCCGCAAAAACAUGGACAACCGGGAUGGAGAUAGUCCAGACCCGGUUGACCCUGAGGCAGCCGUGUCAUCACCCAUGCUUCCCAGGAAAGAGCGGCCUCUCCUGGACAGCAACCUGAAUGAGGAUGACCGCUUGCUUCCCAAAGACAAAGACAAGGACAAGGACAAGACACGUGGUUUACUCAGCCUCAUCAAGAAAAAGAAGAAGAAUGCACCAGCUCCACCCAAACGCAGCUCCUCUUUCAGAGAGAUGGACAUCCACCAUGACAGGAGGGUCGUGACUCCUGAUCUCCGUGACGGUGACGGUGUCAACAACGGUGCAUCUCUGACUGUUAAUGACACCACCCAUGGCCUUGAUUCCAGGUUCCUGGUUACUAACAAUAUUGGGGCAGGGGGAAUCCCCAACGGUGCUCCUACCUACCCAGGAUCAUUAUUCCCCAGGAAGAAGGGAGCUCCUGCAGUGCCCGGCCCAGGAGGCAAGGCAGCCACCACACCACCCAGUGAGGAGGAAUCUAUGUCCAACUCAAAGCGUUUUCUCUGGUCCUCUAGCAUUUCCACUGUUUCAGAUCGCAAUGAGUGGAGGUCGGUGACACUGCCGCGGGACUUGGGCCAGCGCCACUUUGACUCAGGUACCUUUGGGGGCAAGCCAGCGCUGCCACGCAAGAGAACCAAUGAGCAGAAAGGAGAGGGCGCCCCUCGUAUGGGCACCCUGACGCCCCCGCCACGUCUAAAUGUCUGCGAUGUUUCCUCUUCCUUCAUAGGCAAAGACACUGAUCACAGCCCUGGGUCUAGUCCCCAGGCUUUAACACCAAAGGUGGAUAGAAGACCAGGUGUGCUGGGGCUGGAAAACUCCAAAACCAGUGCUCUGCAUGCAGAGCUUCUCAAGCCCAAUGUGUUUCCUGCUUUGGGUGCAGCUGGGGAAGAGUGCAGGGCCCGCAGAAACAAGCACCCUGUGGACUCAUCCUCUGCCAGGGAAAGAGGGAAGUUACAGAAACCCAAACCAGCCCCACCUCCACCACCCACCAAUUCCAAAACAGGCAAGUUCUCCCGCAGCCCCACUCAAGAGCUUCCCUCUCCCUCCUCCACCACUUCAGACAUCAAAGCUAAGAGCCUCCCCUCUGUCUCGGAACCCCAACACACAACCACUGCCAGUGACCAAGGCCGCUCACCACUCGGUGAGGGCUCCAAGAAGCUGCCCCUGGGCUCCACCUCCAAACCUCAACCAUUGAAGACCUCCACCUCCUCCACUUCAAUGACCACCUCCCUCUCCAGCCAGAGCCUAGGAGGCUUCUCAUCUUCCCUCGCCUCACCUGGGGAUCAGAGCUCACCCACUGCUUUUAUUCCCCUCGUGAACACUCGACGCUCUCUCCGCAAGACUGCACCCCGGCAGGCCUCUGAGCGCACCCCCAACUCAGCCGUGACUCGCGACAUGGUGCUGGACGGCACCAAGUUGCUGCAGGCGGCCAUCUGCCGCAAUUCGGAGCAGACGGGUAGCCACAGCGCUGUGCUGGAGGCCGGCAAGAACCUGUCCAAGUACUGCAUGAGCUACGUCGACUCCAUCCAGCAGAUGAGGAACAAGUUUGCCUUCCGCGAGGCCAUCAACAAGCUUGAGAGCAGCCUGAGAGAGCUGCAAAUCUGCCCCACUGCUACAGGGGGCGCCAAUUCACAGCAGUACUUUAGCAAGCUGCUUUCCUCUGUCAAAGAAAUUAGUGACAUUGUUCAGAGGUAGCACCCUUAAAGCGUCCAGUAUUACCACACAAAACUGAUACUGUAUCUCCCACUACCCGUUUUUCUGAGCAUUUGCAUGAACUGUGGUUCAUGUUGAGCUCAUGUUGGAGAGCUGAGGGUAAAGUCUGCUUAAGAGCAGCAGCAGAGUGUAGGUUCACACUACAGAACACUCUGAAACACAUAAGCCUGUGGUUAUAGUGGAUUGAAUCAAAGAAAUUUGUCUGCUGACAUUGUUGGACACAGUUUGCAAUAUUUGAAAAGCCUUAACUAUGAAUGAACAGUGUCUUUUUGGCCUUCAGGAGGCUCAAGGGGACAAUGUUUGAUCAGCAUGAAUUUUUACCAAUCAUCUUUGAAAUGAUCGCGUCUUACAUAGUCAAUGCGUCCCCCCCUUCAUCGGUGACACAAGUAGAAAAAAAAAGGCCUGUGAUAUUUGUUUCCAUCACUGUUAGAUUUUUUUUUUUUCCUCGAUGCUGACGACAAUGAGAAAACAAACCAAACACUUAACCUCAUUCUGUUGUUUUAACACUUUUCCAUCUGACUGAUCUCAUGGUUUCCAUUUUCACCUGUUUGAAUUGGGGCGUUUCUGGAAUCAGUGUUUGUAACCUGAGGCCUCCGUCCGAUGCUUUCCCAACAUUGUCCAUCACUUUGCACCGUGUCAUUAGUGAUUGGUUGUGUGCUUGGUGAUGAAAACACCUGUGUUUGUUCUGUAUGAAUGUGUUUUUUUUGUGUGUGUGUGUGUAUGUAUGUUUUUUUUGCAGUAUUUGCAACCAUGUGCCAUAAUAAAAGAAAUGGGAGCGAGGGAAUGAGGGAGAACAAGCCACUGGCCUUUUCCAGAAUUGCUUCACCGCACUCCUUGAGAACAAAUAGACCUUCUGACACUAUUGGCAGUGCUGUUUAAAGACUUCUCACAUAACAAGUGUAGAGAAGUGGCUUUGAGGCUGAAUUGAGCUGGGGCUAGAAAUAGCUGUUGUUUUUUUUAAUUGGAUUUAAAUGUUUUGUCUCCAUUCAGUGGAGAGGGACCAGGGUGAUCUACAACUCAGUAGAUCUGUUAUAUAUUUUCUCAAACUUUCUCGUAUAAAGGUUUAAUUCAACUUUCUUCUCAGUCACAAACCAUCAGUAGCAACUGGGUCUCUCAGCAACAAGCAGUGAUCUGUACAUGGGAUCACAGACUGAACAUGUUUCUAUGUGACUAUUGACUUCAUAUUCACAUAAAUUCACUCUAAAUGCUGUUUCAGAGGCCUGUUGACCCCUGCAAAAAAUAUAUGUAUGAUGGGGGGGGGACACUGGACCGAAAAUGUUUAUGGACCUGUCACUUGCUGUCUUACAUUAUGUGUGAGGAGCUGACCAUUAUAGAUUUAACGAAGCCACAGAAUUCCACUGUAACACAAUGUUCCUUCACUCACGUCUGCAUCUAUUUUUCAGUGUUUGAGCUGUAGUCGUCUCUUGCCAUUAUGCCCUGUCUGACUGCGUUGCCUGAGGACACAAGUCAACCACAAGCUGCCUUGACUUCUACAUGGUACUGUCAGUGUUGGCGUAUGGUCUGUUGUUUUGUUUUUUUUUAAUUCCUCUUGACCAACCAUACCACUACUCUUUGUGACUAAGCCUCCACAGAUUUUUGUAGACAGACUCUACUUUCUUUUGUAAAUGUUUUAUUUUUCCUGUUUGUUUCUCCCUCUAGCCUUGGUGCAAUUUUGUUGCAAUAAAAUACAAAGCAAUUGUGCUACUUGAAAUACA